AUGUUCUCUGAUGUCUUGAAGUACGGGGCAGAUAUCGCUAGCGGCAUGGCGUACCUCAGUGUCAAGAACUUUGUGCAUAGAGAUCUGGCUGCCAGAAACUGUCUUCUGGACGAUCGCCUACGUGUUAAGAUUGGAGACUUUGGCCUGUGUCGAUCAGUGUACGGCUCUAGCUACUACACCAGCACCAACAGAACAAUGUUACCCAUACGUUGGAUGGCUCCAGAAAGUAUUGAGGUUGGCUGCUACUCUACUAAGUCGGACGUUUGGUCAUUUGGUGUCGUCAUGUGGGAGUUGUUGACCCGUGGGCUGAUCCCCUACCCUGGUCUACAGAACUCUGAAGUCCGCGGCUAUCUACAGCACAGUCGUCUGGCUAGGCCGUACUUCUGCCCAGUCAGGCUGUACGAGGUUCUAUUAUCCUGCUGGCAAGUUGAUACAGGUCUCAGGCCAAAUUUUCAAUCUCUCGAGGAGCUACUACGGUCACUUUCGAGACGGAUUAGUCCGACGAAUAAUGAAUGCAGAGAUUGUAUAGAAGAGUUGCAAAUAUUGAGAGAAAACCAGAGAGAAGAUUCUGGGAGCAACAACACUUUCAUGAACUCCGACAACACCCAGAGAGAACCAAACACUCAAAAUGCAGCACAAGGUAUUUGUUUGGAGAAAAAAUCUUUAGAUGUGGAAAUGAUUGUAUCACAGUGCAGAUUCCUUUAUGUAGAUGCUGCGGAUGAGACUGACGGACAGAGCUUAGCUAUAGCAGAAAAUAUGGAAUACAUUCAGCCUCUAGAUGACUGGGAAUACCUGCUUGAAUUACUCCACAAAGAAAUGUUUACCUCAGAAGAAACGGAAGGGACUUACUUUGAUGUACUUGAUAACUAUGAAGAGAUCACGACCAGUCUGUAA